CUGAGGAUGCAGCGCCACAGGCUCAAACCAAUCCCUGGGUGGGAGUGGGGAAUCGAGCUGCGGAAGAAUACUCGCAGGAAGAAGGAGGAGAUGAGCAAGUGGGACGGGUUUGCAAAGGAACUGAUCGAGAAGGAGCAAGAAGCAAUGCAGACCAAGGGGCUGAAGGACGGGGGCGCGGCAGGGAUCAAAUGGGACGGAAAGAAACAGGAGUUUCAGGUAGAUACACUCACACAACAUCGCGCUGUGUGGGAAGGAAAGAGAGAGACCACUGUCUCUGUCUGUGUUGGUCUGUAUGUCCGUCUCCAUGAGUCAGGUCAUCACACCCCUCAAGAGGGGCUGCAGCAACGCCUACUUCUUCGCCCCGUCCCACCUGGACGAGCAGGGCAUCCAGGAGGCCUUCAAACUCGCCUCGGCAUGCCGCAACCACCACACCAAACCACCCAAGGAGCCAAUGGCCAAUGGACGUACGCAAAAAGACAGGGGAUACAUAAGGGGUCACUUGUUGGAUGGAUGGAUGGAUGGAUGUGUGUGUAUGCAUCGUGUUUCCAGGGCUCAACAAGAGUGAGACCAUCACGCCCGCAUCCCCGCCCCCACCUCCACCUGCCCCACUCCUGCCCGCCGGCUUUGGCGACGGCGGAUUCAUUCCGUUCAAGAAGGAGACAGGCGACGAUCGCCUCGACGAGCGCCUCGACGACCCCCCUCCGCGUCCGCCCCCCUGUCCACCCGUGAUGUCUGCGUUUGACCGUCUGGUGGAGUACGUCAAGACCCUCUCACCGGCCCCGACCCCUCCACCCGAGGAGCAUCCCUUCCAGUCCAUGAUGGCCCCGCACCUCGACCCCCAUGUGCGUGUCCGUGAGGGCGCGGGUGACGUGAGAUCGUAUCGCAUGAAGGACGAGGAGGGAAAUGACGAUAUGGGCGACGGCGAGGGGGAGGGCGAGGGCGAGGGGGAGGGGGAGGGGGAGGAGGAGUGGAUGCCCCUCGGCCCGAACAGCAGAGGCGGGGGCCGCCGUGCCAGUGCUAGUAGGUCGGGACAGUCGCAGCCCAAGGUGGGCAAGACCAGGUCGGACGAGACGGGGGACAUGUCUGUGGUUGGUGGUCUGGAGGAUGAUGGGGGCAAGAAGGCCCGCCGUGACAAGAACCGACGCUUCUGGCUGCCCCAGACCUCCCAUGCAGACGAGGACGACUUCCCCGAGCACAACCACCAGAAGCAGAAGCCCCGCCGCCGCCCAUCCAUCAACCACUCCAACAACACACUCGACGGCGAGGAGCAGGACAGCAUCAUCGAGGGCUCAGGCGGAGACGGCAAGCCACGCAACGAGCCCCUCAAACUCCCCACCGACCCCGACGCAGCCAAGGAGCUCAAGGACACGCUGUGGGCGGCGUACGAGCGCCUCAAGCGUGAGAGGGACGCCAGAUACAUCACGUUCAACACCCGCUGGUUUGCUCUCCUGCUCCGUGUGCCGGGCUGCCGGGAUGUGAGGCGCCGCGUCAUGACGGUCGCUGACAUGGAGGUCGCAUUCGACGAGCACCUCGCCCUGCGUCAGGAGCUCUUCGAGCGUCUGCAGGGUACCCGGAAGGACAAGGAUGGGGCGACUGUGGUGCGGCGGGCCAGCAAGGGCGCACUCUCGUCUCGCAUGCAGAGUAGUGAGGAUAUGGAGAUUGAUGGGUUGGGGGCGGGAUUGGGGCUGGGGCUGGGGCUGCCUGACGGAGACGUGAAGAUGGAGUUGCCUGAGGUUGGUGUGGGCCGGAAGGACACGGUGGACACCGAUGAGGGGCAGGCUGCCAUGAUGAUGAGCAUGGAGGAGGGGGAGGGAUUCGCCGGAAGAGAGAUGAAGAACGGAAGAGGUGCGCCGCUGUGGGCAGACAGAGAGAGACAUGACUGGGGCAAGGUGUCCAUCCAUCGCUUUGCCGUCUCUGUGUGUGUGUGUGUGCAGGCUCAACCAAGCGCACAUUCGACAUGUCGCCGCAUUCAUCGAAGGUACAUACGUGAGCCCGUCCCUGAGUUGAGUCUGUGAAGCUUGCACCACUAUCCACGUGUAUCUAUCUAUUGGUGUGUCUGGACGGACGGAUGGCAUACAUAGCAGAACGAGAAGGAGGUUGGCGAGCCGUGCGUGCCGUCCCGACCCAAGAAGAGCCGCCACAGGUCACCCUCGCCGCGCUCGCCCAACAACGCCAACACACACAGCACCAACGCACCCAACAACUUCACUUCUUUCGACGACCCUGCCGUUCUGCAAAAGGUGGGCGGAGUGACCUGACCCCACACACAUAGCAUAAGAAGCGAGAGAGAUGCGCUGCAUGUCUCUCUCUCUCCCUCUGUGUGUGUGUCCAUUGCAGGCCUGGAACCCUGUAUACCUCCGUGACGAGCCCCCCAUGUACUCGACCGAAGGUGAGUGAGGUGGGAGACGGGCACAUCCAAGGACUCACUUCACAAGGCAUUUGUUGUCUGUCGGUGUGGAUGUGUCUCGACACACCGGGACAGCAUGCCUGAGCCCCCGCCGCGUGACGUCGCUCAAGAAGAUCAAACGCAGCGGCCGAUUCCUCAACAUCUUCCUCGUCCAGUGGUGGGUCAUCCAGACCACCCAGGUUCACGCGGGUGUAUUGUAUGUCUCUUCGUGUGUCUAGGUGCGGCUACCAGAGUUCUGGUGUGGUCCCGCCGCCCUCGUGGCUGUCGGAGGCCGUGCUCGACGAGCGAUACCCCAGACUCGUCAAAGAAUACUACAAGAACCGACGAGUGUGUGAGCGGAGGGAUGGGGCGGAGGGGAUGAUCCAUUCUACUGACGCGAAUGAACGUGUGUCUGUCUGUGUGUGUGUGUGUCUCCCCUUGGUGUCUGCCUUUGGUGCAGCCGAAAGGGAGUGUGGUGCCGCCCACGGCUGAGGAGACCUACCUGCAGACGAUAAUGGAGCACAGUGCCUGAGCUGAGUGGAGGAAGAGAUGGAUAGAUAGAAUGACCGACCGACCGACAGACCAGAUGGCGAACAUCCAUGGCUGUAUGUAUACAGACGUAGAUACACACACGUGCCUCCGUUUAGAGGAGUGCGAGGGGCAUUCAAUGGUACGUGC